AUGUCGAUUAUGCUAGUGACGAGCUUGGGAGACAUAGUGAUGGACUUAUACACAGAUCGCUGCCCCUUGACCUGCAAAAAUUUUCUCAAGCUUUGCAAGAUUAAGUAUUACAAUGGCUGCCUUUUUCACACUGUACAAAAAGAUUUCACUGCCCAGACAGGUGAUCCUACUGGAACAGGAUCAGGCGGUGAUUCUGUAUACAAAUUCCUGUAUGGUGAUCAGGCUCGCUUUUUCGGGGAUGAAAUCCAUUUGGAUGUAAAACAUUCAAAGAUUGGUACUGUUGCGAUGGCUAGUGCUGGAGAAAAUCUUUAUGCAUCCCAGUUCUACAUCACACUGCGUGAUGAUCUCGAGUAUCUUGAUGGAAAGCACACUGUAUUUGGGGAGGUUGCAGAAGGUCUAGAUACGCUUACCAGAAUAAACGAAGCCUAUGUGGAUGCAAAGGGCAGGCCUUACAAAAAUAUUAGAAUCAAGCACACAUACAUAUUGGACGAUCCUUUUGAAGAUCCUUCCCAACUAGCUGAGUUGAUUCCUGAUGCUUCACCUGAAGGAAAACCAAAAGAUGAGGUUGAUGAUGAUGUGCGACUGGAAGAUGAUUGGGUCCCCAUGGACGAGCAACUUGGUCCACAAGAGCUUGAGGAAGCAUUGCGCUCAAAGGCUGCUCAUUCGAGUGCAGUAGUACUUGAAAGUAUAGGAGACAUUCCUGAUGCUGAAAUGAAACCUCCUGACAGUGUGCUGUUUGUAUGUAAACUAAAUCCUGUAACUGAAGAUGAGGACUUGCACACAAUAUUUUCACGCUUUGGAACUGUGACUUCUGCAGAAGUUAUCCGAGAUUACAAAACAGGAGAUAGUUUGUGCUAUGCUUUUAUUGAAUUUGAGGACAAAGAAGCCUGUGAACAGGCAUAUUUUAAGAUGGAUAACGCUCUUAUUGAUGAUCGAAGGAUUCACGUUGAUUUUAGUCAAAGUGUUGCAAAACUAUGGUCUCAGUAUAGACGCAAAGGCCAGGCGGGUAAAGGAGGAGGUUGCUUCAAAUGUGGUUCUCUUGAUCACAUUGCUAAAGACUGCACUGGGGAUCCCACCAUCAAGCAGCAACAUUCCAAGUAUAUAUUGAAGGAUGAUAACACUCAACGCGGUGGAGAUGAUAAUACAAGGUUUGAAAUGGUAUUUGAUGAAGAUCCUACUGGAAGUCCCAGACAAAGUAAGACAAGAAGAGACCAUAAAGCUGAAAAUCAUGACCAGAAACAACGUAUGAAACGGGGAAAUUCUUCUGACCGCAAAGAUCAGUAUGACAGAAGGGAUUCACAUGACUUGCAUAGGAGGGAAAGAUCCAAAGAUCACAAGGAAGAUGAGAGGCAUCUACGGCGUCGAAUGAGCCCAUAUGGAGGAAGAGAGAGAGAUUAUCCAGCAAAAGAGGCAUUGGAUCGUGGAAGAAAAGCUGAUGGCGCUGGCAGCAGGAACAGGGCAGAUGAGGAAGAGUAUAAGAAAAGACGCUCUGAUGAUGCUGGCCAUAAAGAUAAGGGGGAGAAGCGAGACUAUGAAAAGAGCCAUGCAGAUGCUGGUCAUAGAUACAAGCGGGAUGAGAGAGAGAGCAAAGAAAGGCAUGUAGAUAUUGAACGUGGGGACAGGAAUGAUGAGAGAGAUUCUAAAAGGAGGAGUACUGAUGAUUAUCUUCGGGGGAGUCUCCGGGACGAAGUGAGCCAUGAUAACAGUAGACAGGCCAUCAGAGAAGGGUCAAAUAACAGAAUGAUGCAUGAUGGUCACAAACGAAGAGGUGAAGAACGGUUUGCCGAUACAAGAAGUUCUAAAGAUGACCGCAUCCGAGACCGUGAUCGUGACCGUGACCGUGACCGUGGCAGAAGGAACUGA